UAGUGAUGCUGUGAUGAAGUCUCUGACAAGUCUCUCAAAGCACUUCAUCACUACUGAGGUCAGAGCUACAGGGUGGUAGUCGUUGAGGCAGGCAGACUGGGGUUUCUUUGGGACAGGAACAAUGGUGGAAUGUUUGAAGCAUGAGGGGACAACAGGCUGUUCCAAUGAGAGGUUGAAUAUCUCAGUGAACACUGGUGCUAGCUGGUCAGUGCAUGCUUUCAGAACCCGACCUGUGAUGCCAUCUGGUCCUGCUGCCUUCCUAGUAUUCACUCUCCUGAAUGCCCUCCUCACGUCAUGCCCAGAGAUGGUGAACAGCUUGCAUGCUGUUUGUGUCGCUAGCGUCGCUAGCAUGGUCAGCUGCAGCCUUGAAGUGAGUGUAAACGAUGUUUGGCUCAUCUGCCAAAGAAGCGUCGCAUUCCCCAUUCUAGAAGCAGGUGUUCUAUAGUUUCCUCCCAUAGCGCCGCUUUGAUACCUUCACCGCUCUAAGACGCAGCCUUGUACUCUUCCAUGUCCACGGUGGUGAGCCCCAUGUUGUAGGCAACAGAACGGGAUCUCAGAGCAUCGCGGAUGGUUUUAUCCACCCACGGCUUCUGGUUGGGAAAAGUUCUGAUGGUGGUUUUCUGCACCUUAUCAUCCGCUAGUUUCCUGAUGAAUCCCACAACCACUUCCAUAAAAUGUUGACGUCAUCAGAGCUGUGCCUGAACCUGCCCCAGUCUGCAUCAUCUAGAGCAUCUUGCAGAGUGGCCACCGAUUGGUCAGUCCAGUGCAACCUCCCUCUGAACUGGAGCUUCCUGUUUCAGCCUUCGUUUGUAAACAGGCAUAAGGAAGAUGGCGGCAUGGUCCGAUUUCCCAAAUGGUGGACAUGAUCCUGUCUUGUAGCUGUUCUUAAAUGGUGUGUAGCAGUGGUCCAGUGUCCUUUCGCCCCUGGUGGGGCAGGUGAUGUGCUGCUGAAAAUUUGGAAGUGUGCAUUUGAGGUUGGCACUGUUCUCCCUCCACAAUGAGCGCAGCUUCCUGAUGCUGUGUUUGGUGUAGCAUUAUUGUAUCUUGUAAGUCCCAUACUGCAGUGUCCGAUAGAAGAUAGAAGGGCUGACAUUUGAUGGUCACUAGUUACAGAUUUGGUGUGCAGGAGCGUGUAACUGGAACAAUGCUCGUGCUUUCGAAACAGUGGUUGUUCACCAUCAGACACACUCCACCUCCCCUUGACUUCACCUGACUCCAGUGUUCUAUCCAUGUGGUAAACUGGGAAAACUCGGCCGGCUGGAUGAUGUGGUCCGGUACUGCUGGACCGGUGAAGCAGAGAAGGUUGCAGUCUCGAUUGUCCCUCUGGGACUUGACUCUUGCCCUGAGGUCAUCGAGCUUGUUUUCCAGAGCCUGGACGUUGGCUAACAGGAUACAAGGUAAGGGAGCGCGGUGUGCAUGUUCCCUUAGCCUGUUCCUGGCGCCAGCUCGUUUCCCUCUCGGACACCAGUGCAGGACGCGUCCUUUGUUUUCCCUCAGGAUCUCGCUCGGCCAGCAUGGGUCCGGCAAAGGACGGAAUUCUUCCUCAGCUGGACUGCCAAAGCAUCCAACUAGAACUGACAAAAGGAAAGAAAUACACCAUAAGGAAAGAGAUGACCCUGAGAAAACUUUUCGGAAAAGUCUCAAAUUAGAAAAUAAGAUUGCAGACUUUCUGCACAACAUCUUUCAGGAUCUUGAGAAUAAAAUGAUUGUAUUUAUCAAACACGAGCUGAAGAUGUUUAAGAAAUGUCUAAGAAAAGAAAACACAAGAUACUUCAGUGAUGUGAGUAAUGAUGUGAGGAGUGUAAAAGAAGCAGCUCUUGAUAUGACAUUGUACUUUCUGAAGUUGAUGGAACACAAUGACCUCGCUGAUGCACUCCAGGAUGCACAAAUAGGAGUUCAGCAGCGUGCACUCAAAUCAAACCUGUGUAAGAAGUACAAUCGUGUAUGUGAAGGAAUUGCAAAGCAAGGAGAGUCCAACACUUUUAACAAGAUCUACACAGAUCUGUACAUCACUGCAGGUGGAAGUGGACAAAUGAAUAAACAACAUGAAGUGAUGCAAAUUAAAAAGAAAAAAACUCGUGUGAAAACUGAAAGUCAAAUAGAGAAGGAGGAACAAAUUGAAUGCAAGAACAUGUUUGAACCUUCACCUGGAGAAGAAAAACCCAUCAGAACUGUGGUGACAAAAGGGGUCACUGGUGUUGGAAAAUCCAUCUGUGUGCAGAAGUUUGUUCUAGACUGGGCUGAAGGGAAAGAAUAUCAGGACAUAAAGUUCAUAUUUCCGCUGCCUUUCAGAGAACUGAAUUUAAAAGAAAAGGAAAGAUGCAGUUUGAGGGACAUCAUCUAUCAGUUUUUCCCAGAAACAAAAGGAAUGAGAUUCACAGACAGGUAUAAAGUCAUGUUCAUCUUUGAUGGACUGGAUGAGUGUCGACUUCCUCUAACAUUCCAUGAAAAUCAAAAGUGUACUGAUGUAACAGAGAAAGCAUCACUGGACACUAUAAUAACAAACCUCAUUGAAGGAAAUCUGCUUCCGUCUGCUCUCAUCUGGAUCACCACUCGACCAGCAGCAGCUGCUAAGAUCCCUGCUGAACAUGUGGACCGGGUCACAGAGGUGCGUGGCUUCAAUGAUGUACAAAAGUUGGAGUACUUCAGAAAGAAGAUCAGUGAUGAGAGUCUGGCCAACAGAAUCAUUGAUCAUAUUAAAAGAUCAAGAAGUCUCUUCAUCAUGUGUCAUAUUCCAGUCUUCUGCUGGAUUUCAGCCACUGUGCUUGAAGAUAUUUUGGGGAGAUCAGACUGUGAAGACAUUCCACAGACUCUGACGGAGAUGUACACGUAUUUUCUGAUCCUUCAGACCGUACAGGGGGACAAGAAAUACAAUAGAAAUAAUGCCUCGGACAUUCCAUGGGAUAAAAAGGGAAUUCUUUCACUGGGGAAGCUUGCAUUUAGUCACCUGGAAAAAAACAACCUGAUUUUCUAUGCAGAAGAUCUAAAAGACUGUGGAAUUGAUGCCAGUGACAUAGCGGUGUACUCAGGAGUGUGCACUCAGGAGACUGGCAGAUUUCUAGGCAAAGUUUUCAGCUUUGUGCAUGUCAGCAUUCAGGAGUUCAUUGCUGCCUUGUUUACAUAUGUUUGUGUCCGAAAUGAAAAGAAGAAUGUUUUCGAGCCAUCAGAAGAGAAUAAAGAAACAAAAGUUAUUGAUUUGCUCAAGAUCACAGUGGACAAAGCUUUGGAGAGUGAAAACGGACACUUGGACCUUUUCCUCCGCUUCCUUCUGGGCCUCUCAGUGGAGUCUAAUCAGAAGCUCAUUCGAGGUCUACUGUCAAACACGGGAAGCAGCUCUGACUGCCAAAAGGACAUAGUUGAGUACACCAAGUUAAUGUUUGAACAAAACCCAUCUCCAGAAAGAUCAAUCAAUCUGUUCUACUGUCUGAACGAGUUAAAUGAUGAUUCACUGGUGAAAGAGAUCCAAAACCGUAUGAGCUCAGGUUGUCUCUCUGAAGCUGAACUCUCACCUGCUCAGUGGUCUGCUCUGGUCUUUGUGUUGCUGACAUCAGAGGAGGAUCUGGAAGUGUUUGAGCUGCAGAAGUUCAUAAGAUCAGAUGAAUGCUUUAAGAGACUGUUACCAGUCAUACAGGAAGCCACAAAAGUUCUGCUCAGUGAGUGUAACCUGACAGACAGAAGCUGCUCUGCUUUACACACAGUUCUCAGCUCAGAAUCCUCCAAGCUGACUGAGGUGGAUCUGAGCAGUAAUCCUCUGGGGGACUCAGGAGUAAAGCAGCUUUGUGCUGGACUGAAGAGUCCAAACUGUAAACUGGAGACUCUGAGACUCUCAGACUGCAGUAUAACAGAGGAAGGAUACAUCGCUCUGUCUGAAGCUCUGAAAUCAUCUCACCUGAUAGAGCUGGAUCUCAGAGGGAACGACCCUGGAGCAUCAGGAGUGAAGCUGCUCACUGAUUUACUACAUGAUCCAGACUGUAAACUAAAGACACUGAGGUGAUUCUUCCAUAAAGAAAUACAAUUACUUCAAUAUUAAAUAUAAAUUAAUACUAUAACCUAAUAACUAAUAACCUUCAUAGUUUCUUUGAGGAAAAAAGAGAUUACGUUAAGUAAGCUAUGGGAAAUAAACUAGAAGAAACUGCUGAAUGAAAUAAAGAAAUUGAAUGUAUUUGAUUAAACUGUGAAGAAGAAAUCCAAAAGGAAGCUGAAACAAAAAGA